AUGACGUCACAGCAAAGUGCCUCGCAAUCCAGAGAGGUGGGGGCCAAAGCGGUAGCGGUUUUGGAUCCAGGGGCCAAAGUGGAAGUGCAAUGGCAUCCAGGGGCCAAAGUGGAAGCGCCAUGGGAUCCAGGGGCCAAACUGGGAGUUCAAUGGGAUCCAGGGGCCAAAGUGGGAGUGCAAUGGGAUCCAGGGGCCAAAGUGGGAGUGCAAUGGGAUCCAGGGGCCAAAGUGGGAAUGCAAUGGGAUCGAUGGGCCAAAGUGGGAGUGCAAUGGGAUCCAGGGGCCAAAGUGGGAGUGCAAUGGGAUCCAGGGGCCAAAGUGGGAAUGCAAAGGGAUCGAUGGGCCAAAGUGGGAGUGCAAUGGGAUCCAGGGGCCAAAGUGGGAGUGCAAUGGGAUCCAGGGGCCAAAGUGGGAAUGCAAUGGGAUCGAUGGGCCAAAGUGGGAGUGCAAUGGGAUCCAGGGGCCAAAGUGGGAGUGCAAUGGGAUCCAGGGGCCAAAGUGGGAAUGCAAUGGGAUCGAUGGGCCAAAGUGGGAGUGCAAUGGGAUCCAGGGGCCAAAGUGGGAGUGCAAUGGGAUCCAGGGGCCAAAGUGGGAAUGCAAUGGGAUCCAGGGGCCAAAGUGGAAGUGCAAUGGGAUCGAUGGGCCAAAGUGGGAGUGCAUUGGGAUCAAAGGGCCAAGGCGGAAGCGCCAUGGAAUCGAUGGGCCAAAGUGGGAGUGCAAUGGGAUCCAGGGGCCAAAGCGGAAGCGCUGCUAUAUCUAGGGGUGGCCCUUCGGGAUCCGGAUCGAUGCUUCGUGGGUCCCAACGUGCUUCGACGGCAAUGA